CUUUCAAACUAGUUCCAUUUACGCUCUCAACUCGUGAGGACGCGCGAAAUCUUUUAAACGUGUUCCAAAAUUUUUCAAUUCGUUUCUUCUCAAAACAUUUGCGUCUUGUGUUGUGUGUUUUGUUUUAAUUAAUAACGUAUUGUUCUAGAAUAAAAACGUGUACGCCGUAAAUAGUUUGUGGUUCGUCGCAGUCGGAUUUAUUUUUAGUUUUACUUGUUAUUGGUGUGGCAAGACGGGGAUCUUAAUUUAGCGUCGCGUGCGAGUGUAAAAAAUGAACAUAGAAACACUUUGAAAAUUAAAAUGAGAAAGAAGAGAAAAACGAAAAGUUAAUAAAAAAGUUAUAAUAAAAACUAAAUACCGAUAAAUCUCAAACAAAAUAAUAAUAAUACAAAAAAAGCAAACAUCAACCAGACAGAGACUGGGUGUUUAAUAGUGAUUGCUUGAAGUGAACAAAUAUUAUUAAAGUACGAAAGCGUACAAAAACAACCUUUAAAACAAACUUCGAUCCUUUAACAAAUACGUAAUCGUUUAAGGUGGAUCUUUUGUUUAAACAUUUUUGGGACUGCUGCCUUUUAUUUAGUUGACAUUAAAAGAACCCUCACGCGUUAAAAAAAAAUCAAACGUGUUUUUACGUUAUCUGUGAGAAUUAAAACUCGCUUUAUUUAACUGAAUAAGACACUUAACUGUAUUUAUUUGCCUUUAAUAUAAAAAGUUUUAACUUAACCAAGUAAUCAAUCAAACUGUAAAUCAUAAAUAAAAAUAUUAUAAAAUUGUUUAAAAUAACUAGGCUGUUAAGUGUUAAACAUUUACACAACUUUUACUGUUUCGUGUAAAAAAAAAGAACAAUAAUAGUGUAAAAAAGGCGCCAAAGAACGGUGCAAAAAUUUCGCUAGUGGAUUAUCAUUCUGGUGUCAAAGUGGCCGGAGACGAGCAUUUGGACAUGCUGGGGGGCCCGGAGUGGGGCCAGCGGGAGGCCACCCCCCCUAGAGACGCCCCCCUACCGAGCUUCGGUUUCACACAGGAGCAGGUCGCGUGUGUUUGUGAGGUUCUCCAACAAGCCGGCAAUAUCGAGAGACUAGGCAGGUUCCUCUGGUCACUUCCAGCGUGUGAGAGGCUACACGCCCACGAAUCCGUGCUCAAAGCGAAGGCCAUGGUCGCCUUCCACAGAGGGAACUUCAAGGAACUGUACCGAUUGUUGGAAUCGCACAAUUUUAGCGCUCACAACCAUUCCAAUCUUCAAGAACUUUGGAUGAAAGCACAUUACCUGGAAGCUGAAAGGCUGAGAGGUCGGCCAUUGGGCGCCGUCGGCAAGUACAGGGUUCGACGCAAGUUCCCCCUCCCCAGGACGAUAUGGGACGGUGAAGAAACUAGCUAUUGUUUUAAGGAAAAAUCUCGCACGGUACUUCGCGACUGGUAUCUUCAUAACCCGUAUCCGUCGCCGCGGGAAAAGAGGGAACUCGCCGAGACCACAGGCCUCACCACCGUACAGGUGUCAAACUGGUUCAAGAACAGACGGCAGAGGGACAGACAAGCUGAACAUAAGGAUAGCGGCGGGCCGGGCGACAAGCAGCUGGACUCGUCCACGGACGACGACAGCGACGCGCCGCACGCGGCCGCGCCGCACGCGCCGCUGUACCCGCUGUACGAGCACCCGCUGGCGCACCUGCAGUACCACCACUCGUGACACGCGCUCUGAACACGGCCGCAGGCUGCUGGGACGGCACACAGCUUGACUCACACACGGAACUUAGGU